CACAUUUUUAUCUGAGCCCGGUGAUUGUGACAGAUUUGCCAAAUGACACACAUACACAAACACACACAUUUAUGGACACACAAGGGGACACAAACAGAGGGGAGGUUGCUCUGCCCAGGGAGGGACCAGAGAGCAUUAGGCUCCAGCUAUAAAACCCUCGAAGGAUGAGGCCAGAGUCCUGCCCUGAACUGGACAGUACUUCCUUCCUUUGUGCCAGGACACUGUCAGGACAGGCAGCAAGAGAGCCUCCGACAUGAACGACAUCUACAAGGCAGCGGUUGAGCAGCUGACAGAUGAACAGAAAAAUGAGUUUAAGGCCGCCUUUGACAUCUUCGUACAGGAUGCAGAGGACGGCUGCAUCAGCACCAAAGAGCUGGGGAAGGUAAUGAGGAUGUUAGGUCAGAACCCCACACCAGAGGAGCUGCAGGAGAUGAUUGACGAGGUGGAUGAAGAUGGGAGUGGCACAGUGGACUUUGAUGAGUUCUUAGUCAUGAUGGUGAGAUGCAUGAAGGACGACAGCAAAGGGAAGUCAGAGGAAGAACUGGCAGAGCUGUUUCGGAUGUUUGACAAAAACACAGAUGGUUAUAUUGACCUGGAUGAGCUGAAAAUGAUGCUGGAGUCCACAGGAGAGGCCAUUACAGAGGACGACAUCGAGGAAUUGAUGAAGGAUGGGGACAAAAAUAACGAUGGCAAAAUUGACUACGAUGAGUUCUUGGAGUUCAUGAAAGGAGUGGAGUAAGCCUGUAAACGAGAGGGUGAUGUUUUUGUAUUUUUUUGCAACUCCUCUGCCAUCUUGUGAAGCUGGAAGCCAAAUUGGAUGUAGUUGAUAAAAACAAUUGGAUGACUUUGUAAGAUUAAGUCAAAUAUCAUCUUUCAAACUUUCUGUAUUUUUCUAUCAUGUCUCUUGCAUUGUUGUAAAUGCAGUUGUGACUUUUGGUGCCCAUGUAUACCGAUUUUUUUGUAAAUGUAUCCAAAUUACUUAUGUCUUUGGGUUUUUUUUUUGUUUUUUGUUUUUUUUUACAGAGGCCAGAUACCACCCUCCUUUUGGCUGUUUGAAAUAUGAAUGCUAUGUUUGUCUCCAGCUAAAUUCUUUAUCUCGAAAGUGCCCCAUUGAGCUUACAAAUCCUUUUACUAAGAGGCUACUGUUUACUUGGGCAGAAAAUGUGCAAAAAAGCAAAACAUAUCUCUGAGUAAACACAGUUUUAUAGCAAUCUCUGCUAGACCAAUCAUAUUAUAAGAAUAAUGUGCUGGAUACAGCUCAUUUCAUGGAUACAUUUCUGGAUGUGGAAAAUGUCUUCAGGACUUUUUAUUCCCCUAUAUUACCCCUGGAAAAUCUGCAAGGUCGGCUUGAAAUUUGCACUCAUAUAAUAAACAAGAUGUAUU